AUGAACAAUAACUCCGGUUUUCUGCCCUCUCGUGGACAUCCGGCUGAAUCGCCCGACUUCUCGUCGCCCGAGGAACACCAGAAUCUGUUUCUGUUUACACAGUCGCCUCUGUUUGGUCCUCUGGCCGCGUCAUUGCCCCAGCAAAAACGCCAGAAUAGCAUGUCUGCUUACCAAAGCAAUCCAUCCAGCAAACGUACGCCCAACCCAUUAUUAGUCCCGCUUGGUCUUCAAAGCUCAUCACCACUGGUACCUGUGCUUACUAGUUCAAAUCUGGCACAGAACAGAUUCGCCACUCCACAGUUUCGCCGCAAUGUUCGGAAGCAGGCUCCGUCGCCGAAUAUUGUGGCUAACAUGACCAUGAAGACACCUACGCCUUCUGCAUACGAAACUCCUUUAAGUCCCGGUGCAAGGCGUCCAUCUGCGCCAAAUAACUCUGAUCUGACCGGGUCCAGUCCAAUGGAUCAAACUCAGCCGAAAUGCACCGAUAAUGAGCUGGUGGCACUGCCCGCAUCGCAACAACAUCAACAGCAACAACAAGAUAUACACCAAGUACAGCAACCCCAACCAGAUCCGCGUGAUCCGUCAACAUCGCUGGCCACCCAACGGGCUAUGUCCGACGAAGAGCAACAACUUGCCACCAAAUUGAAAGAGACCUAUAAGAAUAUUGUCAACUUCGAGGAGAUUGUGCAAAAAAGUUGUAUCGAGUUGACUAUCAAAAUUAAUCAAAGCAAUUUUGCGGGUCAUUCCUCUUACACAUCUUCCAUUUAUGCGCAACAGCAACUGCAAUUUUCGGGCUCUCCAUCUUUGCAAGCAUCCGCUCCUGUGGACACAACAGAGCUUUCUAAUAGUUUAUGGACCAUUUACUACCACAACGUGACGUUGCUCAACAACUACUAUGACUUCCUCAUCACAGCAUUGAAACCGACUACAAAUACAGCCCAGUUUAAGACAGGCAAAAACAUUGUUGAUUUAUAUAAAAUCCCGCGACGUAUGUGGGUGUAUGGUAUUGUUGGGUUCUUGGAAGUGUUGAAAAAUAUCAUGAGUGUUUUCCAGGAACAUGAAAUCUUUUCAUGUUUCAUUGCUUAUUGUUUCAGUAUCGUGUCCAAUUUGACUGAUCCAUCUCUAGAAAUGGAGGGCUGGUGGUGUGAAAAACUUGGUGACUUGUCACGAAUGGCAAUUGCUUUAUAUGCAUCGAGAUUCAUUGACUGGAAGAUCUCCGCAGAGUACUGGUACUCAGUGGUGAUGAAGACUAUGUAUGGUCACGGUAAGAUUUACUAUCACAUGUGCACCGUUCAACAGGACAACUUGGAUGCGCUCGUGAACAUUGGUAAGUCUGUCAUAUGCAGAGAUCCAUUUGUGCCCACUCAACAGUAUCUCCGCUUGGUAGUGGAGAACAUUUGCACCCAAAGGAACAUCCUUUCUUUACUUGAGUUACCCAUCAUCGACUUCAUAAAGAUCCACAAGGUUCUUUUAAGCAUUCAUUCUAAUGCUAGUGCUCUUACCCAUAAUGUUGACGAGCUUGGUAACCAGACAGAAAACAUCUAUGAUGCUCAGAUUCAGUAUGGUGUCGAUUUGGUAACUCGUUAUGGCAUUACUUUUGGCUGUGAUUCGCAUGGCUACAACUUUUUCACAAAAUCAUUUUGCAUCCCCGGUGGAGCUCCGACCAAAUACGGUGCAGACCCGUAUGAUCUGUACGUCAAGCAGCAACACGAACAAGAACAGCAGGCAAACACUUUAAACACCAUAGAGAAGAUGAAUUUUUGGUUCAAUAAAGGCUCCCUUUUCGCCAUUGCAAAUGUUAACCAUCUCGUUGGUUUUGGAGAUCCGAAGAAUCCUUUCGCAAAGAUUUUCAGAUUACCUGAAGCAUUGAAGGAAAGAAAAGAGAAGAAGGAACGGAAACGCAGAUCAAAGAGCGUGAGUAUGCAAGACGAGAUGCCUCAAAACUCACAAGGAGCAGUUUCUGGAAUAAAUGGAUCUGAAAGUCCUUUCUUGGUUGCUUCAGAAUUGUCCAUUACGGAUUGGUUCUACUCGUUGACCUAUAUCAACAAAUCAGUACUAAAGUUAUCGCUCCGCAUUUUAAAUCACUAUCUCAUUGGACCCAAACAAGCAUCCACAUGCCAUGUCAUCGUUUGGCUUUACUUUCUUCUCGCUGUGGGAGAGGCAAUUAACAAAUAUCCAAACUCCAAGCAUAUGUUCUUAUGGUUAUUCCGUAAGUUCUUCCCAUGGAAUUCUUUUAUCAACUACUUGAAUGCAUUGGUUUCUGUUGCGGGUAACAGUAAGCACUUGAAUAACAUGUGUCGUGAUUACCUUUUGAAGUACCCAAACUACGUCGAUUACUUUAACCAGAAUGAAUUUUUGCCUGAGGUAUGGAAAUGUUGGGGUACCUUAUGGUUUGAUGUCAUCUGUCCUAAGCGCGAUUUCAAUGAUUUGGAAUCCGCAGGGGUACUGACUGAGAACUUGUUCGAUUUGCCAAUCUGCGGCACUUCACCCAUAAUCAACAUCAAUAAUAGUGACGAUCACAGCCCCAGGGCUAAGAGCAAAGCUGCAAGCCAACAAGAAAAUAAUAACGACGAAAGACUCGUUCGUAUAAUAUUAUUGGCGAGACUUCUUGCCGACAAAUUCGAAUUUGGUCUUGUUAGAACAACUGAAGGUUUCAAAUUUGAUGAGGCGAUAUACAGCAAGACCGAAAGUGACUAUUUGGCCACCUCUGCAUCACCCGAUAUGGUUAAUGAAUUAUUUGCAUUCGUCCACGAAGUGAUGUAUGGAGACGGUCGCCUAACUCAGGAUAAUUUCAUUACACCGAUUUCUCCUGCUAACCUUGUCAAUGUUCAAAACCUCAAUUCUCUCAGUCCGGAAGACAAAGAUAAUUAUUGGUUUCAUCUUAGAAGCAAUGAUGACUGGAACUCUAAUGGCCAACACGAUAUGAGGGAGGAGAUUGCCGAUGAUGAAGAAAUAGAAGGUUAUGCUGAUUCCGAGUUUGAUGAUGGCUCUGACUAUGACCAGCAAAUGUUACCAGAAACUGAAGCCACAGAUGUUCCACAAAUGAUUGAGCAUCGGAAUCCUCAAAGUGCUACAUCAGAAAGGGUCCACCAAAAUUAUAAUGACCUUUACAGCGAAAGCUAUGUGAUGAACUCGGAUAUUAUUCCCUUUUUGUCUAAUUCUCAAGUUCAUAUCGAGGGCGAUUUGGGUGAUCGGAUGGAUAGCUCGCUAACAUACAUCACAUUAGAUACAAACAUAUGGUUGAAGCAUUGUGGACGCAUUUUCAAGUGUGUGAGGAAUCAUAUUUUCAAGGUUCUGGUGCCGCUUAUUGUCUUCCAGGAGUUGCGAUCAUUGCGUAAGUCAACGGAAGCGACAAUAGCAGAUGCUGCCACUCGGUCAGUUAUCAUCAUCCGAGAAUUGUAUUUAGCACGAGAGAUCGUUCCUUUGCGCUUUGACGGAUCAGUUGCGAGCGAUAUCAAUGAAACUACUGAAUUCGAGAACAAUUCCAAUUGGAUGAGCAAUGUGGAUCUGACUAUAUUGAACGUCGUCAAUGAGCACGAUGAGGCAUGCAAAAGGAUGUUGAAAGGCUUGAAUGCUACAAUCAACCAAAAGAAUGCCUAUGUCCUUGAUAAAAAGGCUGCCAGAAUGUUCCGGUAUUGUAUUUUGGUUACCGACGACAGGAACAUGCGCUUGCGGGCGAAAACUUCGGGCCUCGUGAGCUACCAGAGUAAGUGGCUCUUUGGGCAACUUGAGACAAUUUUUAGUCACAGAUGCAUUGACUAG